CGCCAUGGACUACCUGAGCGAGGACCAGCUUAAUCUCGUCCUCUCGCUGCAGGCGAUCGCCAGCGAGCCGGACUUUGAGACAUGCAUGUCGGUGUUGAUCCAGAAUGACUGGGAUCUCGAGGCAGCCAUGGAGCACCUAACUCAGCAGCGCCCGGUGGCCGACCUGGCCAGCCUGCAGAGCCAAAUGUCCGCCACGCACCCUGCAGCCUACUACGUCGACUCGUCCUCCGACGGGGACGCAUCUUCCUCCAGCGACCAGGAGGAUGGCCACCUGCUGGACUCCGACUCGGACUCCGACUCGGAUUCCACCUCCGACGUGGAGGCCAGCGCCCGGCGUCGGAUUGCCCAGGCCCAUGCCGCACACCGGGCAGUCCUGGAGGCCACAGCCCGGCCCGGCACCGGGGGCAGCCACAUUCGGGCGUCCUCCUCCGGGUCUGGCAGCCCGGGCCCGCGGCGCUCCCUGCUCAACAUCCUCUCCUUUGUGUAUUACUCCCUGGCACAGACGCCCCCCUUCUUGAACAACCUCCCCCGGCCGCUCUCGUACACGCCCAUCCGCCUGGUUCUCAAUGUGGCCUGGAGUGUGCUGGUGUUCAGCCUGCGCGCGCCGCUCUUCGUGGCCAUGAGCAUCAUCUCCCCCUCGUCCCUCCGCGAGCCGGACACCUCCCGUCAGACCCCUACUCAGGUUGCCCGGCGCUUUUCCCUGGACUUCUCCGAGAACUAUGUGUCCAACCCGGAAUCCGCCAACCAGCUGAAUUUCUUCGAAGGGUCCUUUGUCGAGGCCCUCGACCGCUCGGAGAUGGAUGCCUCCUUCCUGGUGGUCUACCUCCACAGCCCGGACCAGCCACUGACGCCGAUCUUUUGCCGCGACGUCCUGGCGUCGGCGGAUUUCCUGGACCUCAUGCGUCGGCCGCUGCCGUCCUUCGCCGGGCUCGGGCUCGAUGCCGAUGAGGAAGCCGACCAGGCGUCCGAUAUGGCCGGGGCCGAUGACAAGCCCCCCUUCCUCCUUUGGGGCGGCACGGUCCUGGAGAAGGACGCCUACCAUGUGGCCGUGUCCAGCAAUGUCCUGGCAUAUCCCUUCCUGGCGGUGCUGAAGAUGGCCCGUGGCGAGACCACGGUCUUGGCUCGCAUCGAUGGGUUCCCCUCGUCCUUCUUCCAGUCGGCGGCGGCGGCGGCGGCCACGCCCGGGACAGCGGACGCCUCGGCCGCCACCGACACCACUGGUGACGGCCGCGGUCCGGCCAUGCGGCGCUUUGUCCUGCAGCGCUUGCGUGACGUGUUGACCACCUUCGGCCCGGAGCUAUCGCAGAUCCGGUCUACCCGCGCCGCGCAGCGCCGCGCGCGCGUCACCAAUGCCGAUAUCAUCCAGCAGCAGCGGCGGGAGUAUUUGGAAUCGAUCGAGAUCGAUCGGCGUCGCCGCGAGGAGGAAGAGGCGGCUCAGCGCCAGCAGCGCGAGCUCAUCGAGCAGGAGGAGGCCCGGGCCGCACGCGAGGCGGCCGCCCGUCUCGAGCGCCAGCAGGCCCGCCAGAACCGUCGGGAUAUGCACCGCAUCCGCCACCUCUCCUUCUCGGAGGAGCUCCUCCAGCGCACCCCUCUCUUGGAGAAGGGUGCCCCCGGGGCCAUUGCCAUCGCCAUCUCCUCGUCCACUCCACAGCGCUCGGUCUUUUACUUCAACCCCACCGAGCACCGGCUUGCGCACCUCUUCGCCGUGGUCGACACCCACAGCAAGCCGGAAUUCCACAUGCAGUCCUCUUUCGCCCUGUUCCUCCCGCUCACGCGCGAGAAGUUCACCCGGCCCCUGCUGCCGGAGGAGAGCACCGCCGACCUGGGCCUGGACCAGCUGCUGGCGGAUGCCGACCUGGCGGCCAACUUCCUCGGGCUGACCCUGCAAGAGCUGGGCAUCCAGAACAUGUCGGCCAUGCGCGUGGUCGAGGACGACACCGACGACGAUGACUCCUCCUCCUCCUCGAGCGCGGACGAUGGUAGCGGCUCCUCCGACUCCGGCAGCGGGUCUGGCACCGAUGACUCGGAGGACGACGCCUAGGCCGGGUACCCCGUGCCGCACGUCACGUGUCCAUGCCCCUCGAAGUGUUGAGGGUUAAGCCCGCGCGACGUCCGUCGGCGCUCCCCCCCCCCCCUUCCCAUCGAGAAAGGGCUCCCCCGGCGGCCCGGGGGCCGGGGCCGGGGCGAAGGCCAGCCGGACAGAUUGCCUCACCGCUGGUGGUACUUCGGCGCCCGCCCCGGUCCCUCGCUCCUCGCUCGUCCCUUGCCCACAAUAGACAAAUAAUUCUCUCUC